AUGGCGCUGUCUGCAGUAGGGGUGCUCUUCACGACGUCCCAAGUGGGCUCCUUCGUGCAAGUGAAUCAAGACCAGACAGCGACUUCAGCAACGACAGCAGCAGGCAAAGCCAGUCGACUGCAUUUCAGAUCGGCCGAAGAGGGCGCGCUGCAGACCGAAGCUAACGCUACCACUAAUGCUAACGCCAGCUUGGAGUUGAGCGAGGCUGCCACCGGCAUCCCUCGCAUCAUUCACCAGUCGUGGAAAACCACCGACAAGAUCCCGACGCGGUUCUUCCCGUGGAUGCGGAGCUGGCUGCAGUUCAACCCGACGUGGGCGUACACCUUUUGGACGGACGAGGACAACCUGCAGCUAUUCGAGCGCCUCUAUCCAAAGUACCUGGACGUCGCCAAGAACGUGCAAAUGGUGGCGCUCGCGGACAUGGCGAGGUACGCGCUGCUCCACAGCGUCGGCGGGCUGUACAUCGACGCGGACUUUGAGUGUCUGAAGCCGUUCGAGGAGCUGCACCGAGACAACAACCUCUUCCUCAGCACAGAGCCAUUAGCGCACUCCGUUCUGCUGGAAGGCGCGACUUCUUCCGCUCUGUGCAAUGCGCUCAUGGCGUCCGUACCGGGGCAUCCGUUCUGGCUGCAGGUUCUGGACAACAUCAAGGUUAAGUUUGCCGAGGGGGUUAGAGAUCCCGUGUCGCUCACGGGUCCUCGCAUCGUGAAGGAGACGUACCUGACUGCGACGCCUGAAGCUGCGGAGGUGAUAGUCUACCCGCCGGAAUACUUCUACCCCGACAUCGCUCACUGGAACUCCGAGCCGUUUGACACGGCGUGCCGCAAUCGAGAUGACGAAGCAGCGAAAGAGGCCUGCGAGUGGAUGAAGAAGUUCCCCAAUGGGGAAUACACAGACAACACGCACGCGGUUCAUCACUGGCAGUGCACGUGGUGCCGAGAUGCCCAGCUGACAGAGUACGGGUCUCUCGACGACAUCUUUUCAUCGCCCGUGAUGCGCCCCAAUAUUUCGUCGACUGGAGUUACGCUCACCCCGUAUAUUCCUGCUAAUAGUGCACACUUCUGGCCAUUCUGGUAG